AUGGAAUCCAGUUCAGACUCAGAUGGCUCUCAUAUCUCCGCCACUCCGCCAAGGCACACUAAGCCCUCACGGCAACGACCACCUCGACCACCACCACAGCCACAGCCAAAGCCUUUGGAGCCAAAACCAGAGCCAAAGUUGAAACCAAAGCCAAAGCCUGCCCUUCUACCCUCCCACAAAUCCAUACUUAGAUUCAGAGCCUCGUCCAAAUCCAACCCCAUUUCCGAACCCAAAAAUCCCUCUUCCGAGCCCACCCUACCCGACCCACCACCGGAUCCAUCUCCCCUUUUCUCCCCCACCUUACCUUACCAGAUAUGCCGCUGGCCGUCCGAUCCAUCCCGUGCGAUUCCCGUCGUUGAUUCUGGGGAUACCCUUCUCGCCCCGCAGGGUCGGCACUUCUACAAGUCACCGUCGUUCUCGAAAAUUCGACGAACCACCAUCAAUUUCGAUUCUUUCGAAGACGACGAGCCGUCGUCUUCUUCUUCGGCACCAAAGCCUCAGCCGAAGGCAGAGAAUGGUGUGUCUGAUUCUUCUGUGCCCGAUUGGGUACCACCAGAGCCCAAGCGUGAAGUGGCUAGCGGGUCUGGAGUUUCAGCCAUAGCUGUAAAGAAACGUUUCGAUUUGGUUGGAGGCAAUGUGCCUUCGGUGCCUGUAAAGUUCCGAAAAAGUGGGGCUGAAGGGAACUUCGUCAAGCUCAAUCUGAAUCGCAGGAAACGCAAAUUUGUGAACAGAAGAGGAAAUAGCAGUUCAUCAGGUCGUCGAAAAUUUUAUAGAAAGGGCAAAAGGAAAUUGAAAUCACAUGGUGAAAAUGAGGGUGAGACUGUUGGUGAAGAAGAUGAGUUGGUUACAGAUGCUAUUGUACAACAACAGAAUCGGAAGCAGGACAGUAAAAGACCGAAAUUUGAUUCCGAAUUGUUUGAAGAGGCGGUUUCGGCGGCACGAAAUGAGCCGUCGGAUGAGAACUUGGUGAAAUUGUUGAGUCUAACUUAUGGAUACGAUUCAUUCCGAGAUGGGCAGCUGGAGGCGAUCAAGAUGGUGCUUGAAGGAAAGUCGACAAUGCUUGUUUUGCCUACGGGUGCUGGCAAAUCGUUGUGUUAUCAGUUGCCCUCCAUAAUUUUACCUGGGGUUACUUUGGUUGUUAGUCCAUUGAUUGCAUUGAUGAUUGACCAGCUGAAGCAGUUGCCUCAUAUGAUUCGUGGUGGUCUUUUGAGUAGCAGUCAGAGACCUGAAGAAGCCUCCGAGACAAUUAGGCUGCUUCAACAAGGGGCCAUAAAGGUGCUUUUAGUUUCGCCAGAGAGGUUUUUGAAUACAGAAUUUCUAUCCAUAUUUUCUGCCACCACAGUUAUAUCUCUUGUUGUGGUGGAUGAAGCUCAUUGUAUUUCUGAAUGGUCACAUAAUUUCCGUCCCUCAUUUAUGAGGCUCAGAGCAUCUUUGCUUCGUGCCAAGCUCAAUGUCAACUGCAUUCUUGCAAUGACAGCUACUGCCACAGCCACGACUUUGGGUUCUGUGAUGUCAGCUUUAGAGAUUCCUCCAACCAAUCUCAUUCAAAAAGCCAUACUGAGGGAUAAUUUACAACUGUCAGUGUCGUUGAGCAGAAAUAGAAUGAAAGAUCUGCUGAUGUUGAUCAAGUCUACUUCAUUCACGGAUGUUCAGAGCAUCAUUAUCUACUGCAAGUUUCAGUUUGAAACUGAAAUGAUAAGCCGAUACUUAUGCGAUAAUAAUAUCUCUGCGAAGAGUUACCACAGUGGCAUCCCUGCAAAAGAUCGUAGUCGUGUGCAGGAGUUGUUUUUCACUGACAAGAUUCGUGUGGUUGUUGCAACUGUGGCCUUUGGCAUGGGCCUUGACAAGAGGGAUAUUGGUGCUGUGAUUCAUUACACCUUGCCGGAAAGCUUGGAGGAGUAUGUUCAGGAGAUCGGACGUGCUGGACGGGAUGGGAGGUUGUCCUAUUGCCAUCUUUAUUUUGAUGAGGAUACAUAUUUCAAACUUCGCAGUCUUAUGUAUAGUGAUGGUGUGGAUGAAUAUGUGGUGAACAAAUUCCUCUGUCAAGUAUUCACCAGUGAUGAAAGCUUGCAUGGGAAAAUUUGUUCGCUGGUUAAAGAAACUGCAUCCCGCAAGUUUGAUAUGAAAGAAGAGGUGAUGCUCACACUUCUAACACAGUUGGAGUUGGGUGAAGUGCGGUAUUUGCAUAUACUUCCAGAGUUAAAUGUAACAUGCACUUUGAAUUUUCAUAAGACAUCCCCAGUUUUGCUUGCUGGAAAUGAUUCUGUUGUUGCUGCAAUUCUGAAAAAGUCUGAGACUAAGCAAGGACAAUAUGUGUUUGACAUACCGACUGUGGCAAAUAGCAUUGGAGUUACAGCUACCAUCCUAUCAAACCAUUUACAGAAUUUAAAGUUGAAAGGAGAAGUAACAUAUGAAGUGAAGGACCAAGCCUACUGUUAUACAAUUGUUGAAGUCCCUGCAGAUCUUUGUUCUCUAUCAGCACAUCUUACAAAAUGGUUAUCAGAGGUGGAAAGUUGCAAGGUGCGGAAGUUGGACACAAUGUUUAAUGCGGCAGUCUUUGCUGUUAAUUCUUGUGAGAAGGUGCAAGGUUGUUGUGAUGCCCAGCACACACUAUGUUUGCAAAGGAAUAUUUUGGAAUAUUUCAAUGAAGAUGAUAAUUUUGAAGUCCCUAAUAAGAUGGGUAAAGACAGCCGAUUUUUGCGAGCAGAUAUAAAAGUCUUUCUGCAGAGCAAUUCACAGGCCAAAUUCACCCCAAGAGCUGUUGCAAGGAUAAUGCAUGGCAUUGCAAGCCCAUCCUAUCCUUCCACAUUCUGGUCUAAAACUCACUUCUGGGGAAGAUAUACAAAUAUAGACUUCCAGGUGGUAAUCGAAGCAGCAAAGGCAGAAUUGAUCAAUUUUGUGAGGAAAGAUGCAGUGUAG